AUGCAGCCGGUUCGUUGCGUUCGGUCUUGGGUGCAGUCACUGCAACUCGGCGUCGUGACUAUGGCUGAGGCCAUUCGUUCAGGGACAUGGAGGGAACAGCAAUACCAGCUCCUUCAAGGAGCUCGACAUAAGUCUCAGUAUUAUUACUCGCAAAAUUCGAAGAGAACUUUUACUAUCCCUGGGCUGGCGAUAGCGGCUAUGUUGGCCUUGUGGUAUAUUUUCUCGCAUCCAUUCAUCGACGAGCGUGCUUGUCAACAUCCAGUCGCUCGGCUUGUUUAUGAUGCUGAAUGGGCUUUUAAUGAGACAUUGGGGCACCAGUCGAAGUCAUUGGACGAGGCAGUGGCGGAAUAUCGACGACGAUAUAAGAUGCCACCACCUCCGCACUUCGAUGAAUGGUAUGCGUUUGCGAUGUCGCGAAACACAGUCCUGAUUGAUGAAUUUGAUACGAUAUAUCAUACUUUGCUGCCUUUCUGGGGACUUGCACCUAGCACGAUUCGUUCGCGUGUGAGAGAGGAUCUUGGGUAUGAUAAUCACGUUAUGGGCAUUGCGAUUCGCGACGGCAGAGCUAUCCAUUUGGGCAAUGGCCAAGGCGGAUUCCAGAGAGAUGCAACAAUGAAGAUUCUUGACAAGUUCUCCCAAUGGUUACCGGACAUGAAUAUGGAAUUCAACGUACACGACGAACCACGAGUGGUAGUUCCGCACGAGGAGCUGCAUAAGCUAAUCACUGAAGGCUAUGCAGCUCACGCUCGGCUCAAUGGUAACUCUUCAUUGUUGAACACAUUCUCGCCAGGUGAUACGGAUGACCCUAUCCCACCAGUGCCGGUCUUCACGACCAGAUUCAACAACAUCGAGCGCCAAGAGACCUGGCUCUACUCACGGCUUUCAUGCCCACUAGACACACCUGCCAGGGCGCUGGAUAGUAACGCGCCAGACAACUCAAGCGCUUAUGCAGUGGGUCCUCUGGGCUUUGUGUUCAACCAGACUGCCGCUAGUGAUAUGUGCAACAACCCAUCGCUGCGGCAUCGGCUGGGAGUUUUUGAUCACCCAAACUCUUUCAAGGUGACAAACGAGCUGGUCCCGAUGUUUUCUAUGUCCCGUCCGUCUUCAUUCCAGGACAUUGCAGUUCCCUCGCCGUACUAUUACGAAGGUAUAUCAAAUUUCGAUCCAGAAACCUCAGUUGAAUGGGAGAACAAGAUACACCAGCUGUACUGGCGCGGAAAGACUACCGGAGGACAUAGUCGGAACGGCACCUGGCGCAACCUGCAACGCCAGCGCAUCAUCGGAAAUCUGACCCAUCCACAAUCGCCCCAGUAUCUAAUGCAGCCAAAAAGCGAUUCAAGCUGUAUUGCGGGCCGUAGUGAAGGCUGGGACGUCCAAAUUGCAAAUCGAUCCCAGAUCGAGGGAUAUUUCAAUACCCACUUCAUGGAGAUCGUGGACUGCGACGAGGACUGCGAUGAAGAGCAAGUGUUCUUCAACGAUAUCGCGGAACCAGAUCCUGCGAGCGAGGCCUGGAAAUACCGGUAUCUGUUAGAUAUGGAUGGUCAUGCCUACAGCGGGAGGUUUUACGCCUUCAUGCGCAGCAAGAGUGUUCCGUUCAAGUUGACCUUCUUCCGGGAGUGGCAUCAGGACGUUUUGGUCCCAUGGGUCCACUACGUACCGAUUAACAAAGACGGGAAUGAGAUUCCUGAGUUGAUACGGUUUUUCGAGGAAGAUCCUGCGGGUCAGCAGAUUGCUCGGUCGAUCGGCGAAGAGGGCCAGUCUUGGGCGGCCAGGACGAUCAGAAAUGAUGAUAUAGACGUUUACAUGUUUCGACUUUUCUUGGAGUACGCCCGUGUACAAGAUGACCAGAGAGAGGAACCUAGGAUUUAUGCUGUAGAAGCCCUGUGGCAUGAUCAUGUCUAUCUACCACAGUCAGUUUUCUAA